UAGAUAGAGUGAUAAAUUAGCAAAUUCAACAGAGGGCACAUCAAACCACUUUGGCAAUUUAAAAUAGUACUGCAAGAACAAGAAACAAAGAUGAACCAAGAUGUCCAGAAGAACACACUGUACGUAGGAGGAUUAGCCGAGGAAGUUAACGAAUCCAUUCUUCAUGCUGCCUUCAUCCCUUUUGGAGAAAUCAAAGAUGUUAAAACCCCACUUGAUCAAGCUACGCAGAAACAUAGAUCAUUUGGAUUUGUUACUUUCUUGGAGAGAGAAGAUGCUUCUGCCGCCAUGGAUAAUAUGGAUGGUGCUGAACUUUAUGGUCGUGUUCUCACUGUUAAUUAUGCUCUUCCUGAGAAGAUUAAGGGUGGUGAACAAGGAUGGGCUGCUCAACCUAUUUGGGCGGAUGCUGAUACAUGGUUUGAGAGGCAGCAAAUGGAAGAGGAAAUGCAGCGUCUUCAGGCCGAGAACAAAGCUUCAAUAGAAGCUGCCGAAGAGCUUCACAGAAAGAAACUGGCCGAAGAGCGUGAAGGAGAAAAAGAGGACGAUCCCAUGGCUAGGGCCGAAGCUGAGGUUUUACAGCAAAAUCAGAAACAAGGUUUAGUGAUCAGUUAGAUGCAAGGGAGAUGUGUUCUGGUCUUCUGGAUAUCUUCGUCAAAUGCCCUUGUAUUAAUUUGGAUUUUGAAACCAAUGAUCGAUCAGUUAGAUGUAUAAACAACAGGUUUAGUGAUAAACGAGUAUGUUUUCCUCCCAACAUUUUUUUUGAUAUGAGGUGACAGGCUACAUAUUGCAUUAUUUCACCUAAUAAUUACUAUUGCACAUUAUAUCAAUAAAUCUUGCUGUUUUUAUUUGACCACACUAGAUUAGGGGAAAAAACGCUGCGUAUUACGUGAGCUAGGUGCUGGGCAGGUUCUGGGCACACUUGAUUUUUGUAUGCUCUGCUUAAGAAUAGAGGAGUUUAAUGAAGGCCUUGUUACUUCACAUCAUCAAGAACAAAAUCAGGAUUCGUUCGAUCACAACCAAAGCGCUCUAGCUCAAGCAUCAAUGGCCAAGUUUAAUAAUAUACUACUUUUGUUCUACUGAAACUAGCAAAUAACUAUCUGACUAUAUGUUUUGAGGCUUCUGAGACAGAGAUGGAAGAGAAAAUGCAGCACAUCAUGGCAGAGCACAAAGUUACUACACAAGAAGCCGAAGAGCUGUGUAGAACGAACUAGCAUAGAAGUGAAUUGGAUGGAAAAAAAAACAUAGCCUAGGGGUGCCAAUUGAGUUGAGCAACUCACGAGUUACUUGUGAUUGACUGUUCCAAAGCUUAGUUAAUGUUGGGUUUAAACUUGCUCGAGUUUGUGAUCAACUCAAGAUUUUAAAGGACCAUAAUCUCAAGCUUUUUAAUGGAUU